UCGGCCACCAGCAAGAUUGUAUAGGAGUUUGUUGACUGACCGGGAGAUUCGGAGUUUAAAACAAUCUGAAAUAGUUUGCUACAAUUAAAUAUAUUUAUUUAUUUCGGAGUACAGCCAUCCUCUGGUUGUGGGCCAUAGUACACAGCUAACUAACUAACUAGCUAGCUAAUCAAACCGAAUAGCUACCAACAUGGUGUCUUUGAAAAGAGAAAGAGAGAUCGAGGUGGAAGACGAUGAUGAGGUGCCAGUGAAAGUUGGUCGCUCUCACGAUACAGAAGACCGCAGGAGCCGCCACUGUCCUUAUUUGGACACAAUUAACAGGAGCGUGCUGGAUUUUGAUUUUGAGAAGUUGUGUUCCAUCUCCCUCUCGCAUAUCAAUGUCUACGCUUGCCUCAUCUGUGGAAAAUAUUUCCAAGGUAGAGGACUCAAAUCCCAUGCCUAUACCCACAGUGUGCAGUUCACCCAUCACGUUUUCCUCAACCUGCACACUCUGAAGUUCUACUGCUUGCCUGACAACUAUGAGAUCAUUGAUUCCUCCUUGGAGGACAUUACGUACGUUCUGAAGCCCACGUUCACCAAGCAGCACAUCUCCAGCCUGGACAAGCAGGGCAAGCUGUACCGCGCGUACGAUGGGACCACGUACCUGCCCGGCAUCGUGGGCCUCAACAACAUCAAGGCCAACGACUACGCCAACGUGGUGCUGCAGGCCCUGUCCAACGUGCCCCCGUUGCGGAACUACUUCCUGGAGGAGGAGAACUACCGUGGCAUCCGCCGGCCACCGGGGGACAUCAUGUUCCUGCUGGUGCAGCGGUUUGGGGAGCUGAUGCGCAAGCUGUGGAACCCCCGGAACUUCAAGGCGCACGUGUCCCCCCACGAGAUGCUGCAGGCCGUGGUGCUGUGCAGCAAGAAGAACUUCCAGAUCACCAAGCAGGGGGAUGCUGUCGACUUUCUCUCCUGGUUCCUGAAUGCUCUGCACGGUGCACUGGGAGGCACAAAGAAGAAGCCAUCGAGCAUCACCAAGGUGUUCCAGGGCUCCAUGCGCAUUUUCUCCAAGAAGCUGCCCCACCCUGAUUUGCCGGCGGAGGAGAAGGAGGCCCUCCUCCUGAAGGAGGAGUACCAGGAGGAGAUGUCCGAGUCCACCUUCCUGUACCUGACCCUUGACCUCCCCACCGCCCCGCUGUACAAGGACGAGAAGGAGCAGCUGAUCAUCCCCCAGGUUCCGCUCUUCAGCAUCCUGGGCAAGUUCAACGGCCUGACGGAGAAGGAGUACAAGACCUACAAAGAGAACUUCCUGAAGAGAUUCCAGCUAACUAAGCUUCCCCCUUACCUCAUCUUCUGCAUCAAAAGAUUCACUAAAAACAACUUCUUUGUGGAGAAAAACCCCACCAUCGUCAACUUUCCCAUAACGAAUGUGGACCUGCGGGAGUACCUGACAGAAGAGGCGCAGGUGACGGAGAAGAACACGACUUAUGACCUGGUGGCCAACGUGGUGCAUGAUGGGAAACCGACGGAGGGGGCCUACAGGAUUCACGUUCUCCAUCAUGGAACUGGGAAGUGGUACGAGCUCCAGGAUCUGCAGGUGACGGACAUCCUGCCCCAGAUGAUCACGCUGUCUGAGGCUUAUAUACAGAUUUGGAAGAGGAGAGAGAGCGAGGACAAUGAGAACCACACAGGGGCGUGAGUGAGGCGCUGUGUUUUAACGCCACUGCGUUCUCUCCACCGCACCCCCCCCCCCCCCCCCCCCGGCCCCCCGGCCCUCAGGCCCUCUGCUCCUCCACCAGCACCAGAUUAACUCUGGAAAACCCCCUUGUUCCUCUCUGGGUCAGCACUCAGAAGUGGAGUCAGACGUUUGGCCAGGUUAGACCCAGGUAGUGCUGCUGCUGGUGCACCUUCCGCUAAACCCUGUUCCUGUCACCUGGAUGUUUAAUGUUUUAUUAUGCAUAUGUUUUAUCUUUUUUUUUUUUUUUUUUUUACAUUGGACUGCUCACAUUUUAUGAACAAGGCUGACCAUUAAAUUUUCUUCAUCUGUAAGGUGCUUAUGUUUUUGCGUGUGAUGUGUUCAGAAUUGUUGUGUGAUAUCUGACCUGAACGCCUUUCGACUGUAGUCACGGUUGCUUUUUGUCCACGUCAUUUAAAGAGGAUGUUUUUGGGAAAUGUGUGAAUACAAUUCGGAAUAAGACCUUUUAGACUCCGCGUUCAUUUUGUUUGUCAAGUUAACUUGUAGGAAGAUCUGCAUUUCAGGUUUUAAAGUGAGUUCCGAGGUAGCAAGUAAAUGGAUAUGUUUUGAAUGGAUUGGCAAUUCAGAAACCCUUCAGAAAUGGUCUUCUGGUGCGUUAACACAUUAACCUGUAUAGAUCAUGGAGAAAAUUGUCUUGUAUAUAUAUAUUAAAAAAGAAAAACAGAAAUAAAAGACUUUUAACUUUUAAAA